AGCCGCUCUCGCCGUUAACCCGUCGUCGACGUCGUCGUCAUCGUUGUCGUGGUAGUGGUGGUGGUGGUGGUUUACGUGGCCCUUCUCCGGCUCGCGAUCGCGCCGCAAAAUCGGCCUCGCGUGCAAAAACGCCGACGGAAUCCACGUAUCUCUCGCGCGGUUCGCGCGACUAUCCGACUCCGACUAUCCGACACCGCGUGUUUAUCGUGAUGGCCGAGCGCCGUACGUUGGGCAUCGUGCAUGUUGGUCACCGUCCGGCCGCGAAGUCUCUCUAGUUCCGCGGGGCCACCGGAGUUGUAGGUGGGAAAAAAAAUCCAACGUAGUUCCUCGCCGUCGCAUCGGGCGCGGUGGACGUUCGGGCCGCGUGCGCGAGGGAGUGUCGUCGGCGUCGUCGCCGUCGUGCGGGUCGUGCCGUGCCGUGCCGUGCCGUGGGUGUGUAUUUACACGGUGCGCAAUUCCGUGGUGGCCGUGAGAUCGAGCGAGAGAGAGGCGGCGAAGCGGGAGGGAUAGAGCGAGCGAGAGAGCGAGCGAGCGAGCGAGCGUACCGAGUAUCGCGCGAGCGUCGAAAGUAACGAGUCAUCUACCGAUCCAAGAUGGCAGAAGGCCAGCAGGAGGGUGGCCCGAAGAAGAUCACCGUCAACGUAAAAACCCCCAAGGACAAGCAGAGCGUGGAGAUCGAGGAGAAUGCGACGAUAAAGGAAUUUAAGGAGGCGGUCUCCAAGAAGUUCAACGCACAGGCCGAUCAGCUGUGCCUCAUCUUCGCCGGCAAAAUCAUGAAGGAUCACGAGACCCUCAAAACGCACAACAUCAAGGACGGUCUGGCGGUGCACCUGGUGAUCAAGGCCCCGCGCACCGCCGCCACACAGAAUCAGGAGUCCAAUUCGGCCUCGAGACCACAAGCUGAUGUCAGUGCCAGUCCAUUUGGCUUGGGGAGUUUAGGUGGACUGAUGGGAUUGGAGUCCCUUGGCUUAGGUUCUGCUAAUUUCAUAGACUUACAGCAACGUAUGCAACGGGAAUUGCUCUCGAAUCCGGAAACGAUGCGUCAAGUGCUCGAUAAUCCGCUGGUGCAGAGCUUGAUGAACGAUCCAGAAAACAUGCGCAAUCUGGUCACCGCCAAUCCCCAAAUGCAAGAACUGAUGCAACGUAACCCGGAAAUCAGUCAUAUGUUGAAUAACCCCGAGCUUUUACGGCAAACGAUGGAGUUGGCACGUAACCCGUCGAUGCUCCAGGAAUUGAUGCGCUCGCACGAUCGAGCUCUGUCUAAUCUUGAAAGUAUACCUGGUGGCUACAGCGCCCUACGUCGCAUGUAUCGCGAUAUCCAGGAGCCAAUGCUAGCGGCGGCGACGAUCGGUCGUAAUCCCUUUGCCGCUCUGGUGGAGAACACGUCCAAUCAGGACUUGCAGAAUCCACAGCAGGGUCAGGAAAAUCGAGAUCCGUUGCCGAAUCCGUGGAAUCAGAGCCAGACCGACAGUGGGACGGGAGGAGGAGGAGGUCAACAGGGAGGUCAGCAAGGCAGAGGUCUGCUGGAUUCGCCGGGUAUGCAGAGCCUCACGGCACAGAUGAUGGAGAAUCCACAGUUAAUGCGAAACAUGUUGAACGCUCCGUACACGAGAUCUAUGCUAGAGGCGAUGGCGGCUGAUCCGGGGAUGGCCAGCCGGGUGAUCGCAGCGAAUCCGUUUCUUCGUGGUAAUCCGCAGAUGCAAGAACAAAUGCGUGCAAUGAUGCCCGCCUUCAUUCAACAGAUGCAAAAUCCGCAGAUGCAGAGCGUCGUCACCAACCCGGACGCUCUGGCUGCUAUCAUGCAGAUACAACGUGGUAUGGAGCAGUUGCGCACCGUCGCCCCCGAACUCGUGGAAAACAUGGGCCUCACGGUCCCACCCGCACCCACAACACCAAACACGGGCGGCACGAAUUCCAGCGUACCGACCAGCCAGCCAUCGGAUAGCAACCAGCAAGACGCGUUUUCUCAAUUUAUGGCACGGAUGGUUUCUGCAAUGGCAUUAAAUCAAGGUGUAGAAGUUGACGGUCAACCUGUACCUCCACCAGAGGAACGUUACAGAGCACAGUUAGAGCAACUUACGGCUAUGGGUUUUCUUAAUAGAGAUGCUAAUUUACAAGCGUUAAUCGCCACGUUCGGAGACAUAAAUGCUGCCGUUGAGAGACUACUCUCCAAUGGACAAGUGUCUAUGAGCUAACCACCAAUCUGCAAUACUGUUAUUCCAAUAUUACCUUUAAUUUUAUCCUUAUUUACCUUUUACGUUGAUGUACGUGAGAGAUACUUGAGGUAACUGGCUGUCAAAAAUUAUAAACUUAUAUCCUUCCUCCCUCCCUCUCUCCCUCUUCUACCUUCUACCCCCUUUAUCUCAGUCUUGACGGAAUACACGCUACUCAUUCGUUCACGUUGCAGUUUUUCUUAUUUAGAUUCAGAUUUAUCUGUGUUUUAGACGAUAGAUAGAGAAAUGUCAAUGGUAUGGCCAUUACUACUCGUUUCGCGAUCGGUUGUUUCACUCUUUCGAAUCUCUGUUCUUGGUUCUUCGUCCGUGUAUCCUCUUCGAUGUGCUCUAUAUACCUACAAUCAAUUUUCUGUCGUUUGUCGAAACACAGAAAAUCGACUGUAGCUCCGUUGAUGUCACUUUCCCAUGUAAAUUUCUUUACGAACGUGUCGGGCUGAUUACGAGUAGUUUACGAUAGUUUAUUACCGCGUAAUAUCUUUAUGACGUUUCUUAGGAGCAUGAACGCGGAACCUGCAUGGAAAAUAUAGAUUGCCGCUAUAUUUAACGAAAUCGCUUUCUCGGCUUGGUCGGAUCGAUCGAGAGUGUAUUCGCAGUACAGUCAAUCGUCCCUUUUGCUUUCAGAUAUCCUGAUACUUGUAAUCCUAUAGCGAGAUGCGUUAUUUGUGUGUUCUCAGUAAAGGAACAAACGAACUCGAUUGAAAUCCGUUGGGAAUGAAUGUAACGCUUUUUUGGUGCACGGAUUUCGUAAUUAUUUUAUAUAUAUAUACGUUACUAUACGUAAAUGAGAUAUACGUCGGAAUAUUGUCGAGAUCCGCGUUAUAUUCGAAGAGCACGGUUUGACGAUCCGUUCUACAAUACGGUUUCCAUGUAAGUUUUUAUAGAAUACCGAGAGCGUAAAAAUAAUAACAACGGCUUUCUUUAACUUGCAUACCGAUGUGCACUGUAUCUUUGUUGGUUUAAUUUGAUCGUAGAAUAAAACCUACUAUAAUUAAGCGUUAUAUGUCUUGUAAUACAACGUUAGACAUUUGUAGCGUGAUAAUUGAGAAACAUACGGCAUACAACUUGUUUAUAUAGAGGAUUGUGCGUGAUAAAAGAUCGAACGCCCACAUGUGAGACAUGUGAACUCGAAAGAAAAAACACCUAAUCGUCAGUUAGCUCUAAGGCAGUCUAAGACAUAAGGAUAAAAAGAAAAAAAAGAAGAUGUAUGUUGUAAAUUAUCUUUAUCGAAGAGAAAAGCAGUUAUAUAUAUACAUAUAUAUAUAAUUUUAAUAUUUUUGAUUGAUGUACGAUUACGAUAAAUAUCCAUGCGCAUUAUAUUAUCGUUUACGUGUAUUCAUUAUACUUCACUGAGAAACAAGACAUUCUGCUGUAAAAAAAAGCGAUUAUAUUACGAAAUAAAGUUACGGUUGAUUCAUA